GGCACUGGAUGCAUUAUUUGGACGAUUCGAAAGGGAACCCAAUUACGAAACACAAUGUAAAGUCAGAGCGAGGGCAAAUUUGAGUGGUUUAUGCAAAAGAGGUCUAUUAGAAUACCGUGGAAUACUGCAAGAUAAAGCCACUAAGAUAAGACGAUACAGGAUUCUGAAACGCGUUGAAGGAAGUAUAAACUCUAAAACAAUGAAAAAAGUGUCUCCUUCUACAACGAGUGGAUCUCUUUCUCUAAACGUUGUACGCACUGCGAAAUCCAGCUUGCAGCAACCAGUCGGUCAUCCAUGUGUUUACAUCUAUCAAGCUGAGAGUGAAAUGCAGAAGAGUGAAAGUCAAUCAAGCGAAAUAACAGAAAAUUACUCAUUGCAAUACCCUCAAAUGGCUUGCGCCAGUUCACCUUCUGGAAGUGACAUCCCAACCUCUCUAGUAUCUGACCACACCAGAGAGGCACCAAACUAUUCAUUGGAAUUCUCUCAAAUGGCUUGGGACACUUCUCCUUUUAGAAGUGAAAUCGUAACCUCUCUAGUACCUGACCACACCAGAGAGGCAGCCAACUAUUCACUGGAAUCCUCUCAAACGGCUUGGGACACUUCUCCUUUUAGAAGUGAAAUCGUAACCUCUCUAGUACCUGACCACACCAGAGAGGCACCCAACUACCUAUUGGGAUCCUCUCAAACGGCUUGGGGCAGUUCUCCUUCCAGAAGUGAUAUCCUAACCUCUCUCGUGUCUGACCAUACCAGAGACGCAUUCAACAAUUCAUUGGGAUGCGCUCAAACGGAUUUGGCCAGUUCUCCUUCUGGCAGUGAAUUCCUACAACAAAAUACUGAUUUUGACCAGUUUUUACCCUCUCCAUUAUCUGACGGAACCAGGGAGGCAUUCAAUAUUUCACCAUUACCAGAUCUGGAAGAUUUUGGUGAAUUAGAGAUUCCAAGGCUGUGGGAGUUUAUUUCAGAGACAGAGUUCCUGGAACACCCACAGCAAUAAAUUUGAAAAUUUGAAACUGCAAUUAAAUCAUUAAUAAUGUUAUAGUAGAUGCGAAUUUUGAGAGUUAAUCAAUAUGCUUAAAAAUAUGAAAUAAAAAUUGCGAAAGAGAAAUGAUGUUAACUUGGAGGACUCAUGCUUUAAUUUUCCUCAUAGAUUAAAAAUAUUAUCAUAUUUGUUUUCGUUUUUACAUCACAAAUUAAUGAAAAUCUAACGAAUCAUGUCCUGAGACUGGACAAGACAUAAGAUGUUCUGAAGCAUUGGAUGACUUUUCCCGCAGGGUGCCGGCUAACAGAAAUCAGUUAAAAACGACAGAAGUUGGCUGACACUUGCUAUGCUAAGUUCAUCGGAUGACUGUUCCCGUAGGGUGCCGGCUAACAGAAAUCAGUUAAAAACGACAGAAGUUGGCUGACAUGUGCGAUGCUAAGUUCAUCGGAUGACUGUUCCCGCAGGGUGCCGGCUAACAGAAAUUAGUUAAAAACGACAGAAGUUGGCUGACACUUGCUAUGCUAAGUUCAUCGGAUGACUGUUCCCGCAGGGUGCCGGCUAACAGAAAUCAGUUAAAAACGACAGAAGUUGGCUGACAUGUGCGAUGCUAAGUUCAUCGGAUGACUGUUCCCGCAGGGUGCCGGCUAACAGAAAUUAGUUAAAAACGACAGAAGUUGGCUGACACUUGCUAUGCUAAGUUCAUCGGAUGACUGUUCCCGCAGGGUGCCGGCUAACAGAAAUCAGUUAAAAACGACAGAAGUUGGCUGACACUUGCUAUGCUAAGUUCAUCGGAUGACUGUUCCCGCAGGGUGCCGGCUAACAGAAAUCAGUUAAAAACGACAGAAGGUGGCUGACACUUGCUAUGCUAAGUUCAUCGGAUGACUGUUCCCGCUGGGUGCCGGCUAACAGAAAUCAGUUAAAAACGACAGAAGUUGGCUGGCACGUGCGAUGCUAAGUUGCCAUGGAAACCAGCAUCUGAAGAGUAAAGAAAUAAAGUUAUAUAAAGGAAUGACAUUCCCUGCAAGAUGCCAGCUAACAGAAGUCUGUGAAAAACGACCAGAAGUUGGCUGGAACAUGCUGGAAACGAGCAGGCAAGCUGGUUGCUGCCGUGAUUGAAAAAAACGUCAAUACCUUUUCUCGGAGAAAGGUAGAGUAAUCUCACUUUUCUCGAGAAAGUUGCCGGCUAGUUCAAGACUGUGAAAAAUGUCCAGAAGUUGCUUGGGAUGCGCGGUGCAGGGUUGCCAUGGAAACGAGAUGCACAAUUGAUUGCCACGUUGAUUGAAGAAUGGAACAUUGACUUUUCUCGAGAAAAGUAGAUUAAUGUCACUUUUCUCGGGAAAGGUAGGGUAAUCAGUAAUCUGAGCGAAAAUUGUUAAAGAGCCUUGAGCCUUGAUCAAUGAUCGCUAAAAUGAAGGGUCAAUGACCGAAAAACAGAGGGGUGGAAGAUGUCCGAUCAGAAGACACUUGAGGGAGACCAAUUCGUUAUUCAAAAGGAGAAAGUGUUUAAAUGGCUUUAAAACAAUUACAAAGGUGAAAAUCGAAAGUUUUUAGUUAGCUACAAUUAUGUUAAUCUGAUGAUUAAGAAGAAAAAGUAAAGUACGCGAAGAGAAGUUAAGGAGACACACCGUCAGACUGGAGACAGAUGAGACACACAUGAAGGGCCACCUUCAAGCAUAAGCACACAUGAAGGGUCACCUUCAAGCAUCUUCAAGCAUAAGUAUUAACUUUAUGCUUUCGAGACAAUGUAUGAAUCGGACUUCUUGUUCUUUUGAGAUUAAGGAUGAAAGUUUUGAUUUUCGAAACUAAUGGAGAAAAACAAGAAGAUAAUUGUGUUGUUGUAUCUAAAACUUAAUUAAAUCGUUUAUUUUAUACAUGAAGACCUCGCAUUGAAUAUGCUAGGAAAUGCUUAGUUAUGGUAAAAAUGAUAUAGGAUCAGAAUGAGAGAAGUUUGAUAUCUUUUAAAAUUAACACUAUAGUGUAUUUUAAACUAAAUUUCUUUGGAAUUUUAUUCAAUCAAUUCUUUUUUCAAGUGUUUGUUCUUGUUGUUGCGUGAAUUCUUUUUUGGUCUGUUUUACGAAAGUUUGCUCUGGUUGUCUCACUUGUACUGCUUCUUUAUGAAGUGACUUUAUUGCAGUUGAAGCCAAUUCCCCUUAAACUGGUUUAAGUAAUCUUGACUCAGUUCAAGAAUUGGAUUGAAAAUCUUAUCCCGGAUGUUCUUUACUCUUUUUAAUUAUAUUAUUUUAUGGUACAGUGAUAUUUCAUCUUCUCAUAAACUAACAUGUUCAGAUUUAUUUAAGUAACUAUGAAAAAGAUUUGUAACUAUAUUAUUUACUAUAUUUUAUAUAAAUAGGUAUUUUCUGUCAUCAUAUAGGCAUAAAUUAAUACGACUGUAACGUGUUGAACUUUGAUAGUCUAGUCAAAAUUUCGAUAUUAUUUUGUGAUUGUUUUUAUUUCAGAAAAUGAUAAAGAAGACAAAUAUGUAAAUUAUAAAUAUAGGAAACUUUGUAUGGUAUUUUGUAAACUAAUAAAAUAAAUUUCAUAACAGAAA